AUGAGAAUUUACGAGAAGGAUAUCAAUGAUCUUGAGGCAACUGAGCUAAGAUUAGGUUUGCCUGGGAUAAUAAACGAUGAAUCUUCAACAUCAACUAGUACUUCUAAAAAUAGCAGAAAAAGACCUUCAUCUAGUAGUGUAAAUGAAAAUGAACAACAAGACUCAGCUCCUGCACCAAAAGCACAAGUUGUUGGUUGGCCACCAGUUCGAUCAUACAGGAAAAAUCAUGUGUCUAAAUUAUCAGAAUCUGAUAAUAAUUCCUCAGGAAUGUAUUUAAAAGUUAGCAUGGAUGGAGCACCUUAUUUGAGGAAAAUUGAUCUUCAGGUUUACAAAAGUUAUCAAGAGCUACUCAAGGCUUUACAAAGCAUGUUCAAGUGCACUAUUGGAGUGUAUUCAGAAAGAGAAGGAUAUAAUGGAUCUGAUUAUGCACCAACAUAUGAAGACAAGGAUGGUGAUUGGAUGCUUGUUGGUGAUGUACCAUGGGAGAUGUUUAUAAGUUCUUGCAAAAGGCUUAGAAUUAUCAAAGGAUCUGAAGCUAAAGGUCUAGCAUGUCUAUAA